AUGAGGAGCCUGGAGACCCAAAUUGGUCAGUUGGCUGGAGCAAUCAAACAGAGACAACCAGGGACACUCCCUAGUGACACAGAAAAACCGUCCCAGGAAAACCAGGAGUGUUGUAAUGCUAUAAGCUUACGAGAUGGAAAAACUCUGCCACCUCCAGAUUUAGUGGCACGAUCUCGUAAACACGAACUAGCAAGACAACUUAUGGAAGAAGGAGUUGAAGAAGCUACUGACCCUCAACCCCUUGAAGCUCAGACAGAAUCAAGGGAGAAGGUCCAUAACGAUGAUCUCACUGAAGUCACACCAGUUGCCACAACAUCUGGAGCAGAUGUUGGAGCAAUGAAAGACAAUGAACCACUUCACAUAAAUGUCCCUCUGGUGGAGGCUCUGGAACAAAUUCCUUCAUAUGCAAAAUUUAUGAAGGACGUUUUGUCAAAAAAAAGAAGGAUUGAGGAAUUUGCGACUGUAGCCCUCACUGAAGAAUCAUGCAAAUACCUGACUAAGAUUCCUCCCAAACUGAAGGACCCUGGAAUAUUCACCAUCCUGUGUACAGUUGGGAAGAACUACCUUGGUCGAGCACUUUGUGAUCUGGGCUCGAGUGUAAAUUUAAUGCCAGUUUCUAUCUUCAAACAGCUUGACAUAGGAGCAGCAAGACCAACCACAGUCACUCUUCAGCUUGCAGACCGAUCCAUAGCCAAACCAUUCUUGGCCAUUGGUGAUGCUGUCAUAAACGUCAGGAAAGGAGAACUAUCCAUGAGUGUAAAUGGAGAGGAGGUGAAGUUCAAUGUCAUGAAAGCAAUGAAGUUUGAUGUAGAUAACAUUGAGGAAUGCUCUAGCAUUUCAAUUCUUGACUUGAUCAUAAGAGAAGAACAGCAGGAGCAGUUGCAGUCAGAAAUAG